UUUUUAUGAAUUUUUUUUCUGGAAUUAUUUAUAGAGAAGAGGAAGAGCUAUUUAGUAGUAGAUUAAUACAUGAAUUCGUAAUGCGGCUUGUUGACUGUGGUAAAAGUAACGAAGUAUGGGUAAAAUUAGAUGAUCGUAUUGCUAGAUUUGGUAUGCAAGAAUUUUGUCUUAUCACUGGAUUACCUUGUCAUGAACCAGUUAUGGAGAUUGAUCAUAGUAACAAUCGUCUUAGAAAUCAUUAUUUGAAUGGCAGCCAAAGAAUUAGCAUGAAAAUGCUAUUUGAAGUUUUCCAUGAAUGUGAAGACUUAGUAGAUAAAUUUAAGUUGGGAUUAGUUAUGUUGGUGGAAUGUGUUAUAAAACCAGUUGGAAGAAUUAUUGAUUACAAAACUCUUGGUAUGGUCGAGCAUCUUGAUGAAUUUCUUGGAUAUCCUUGGGGUCGAAAAGGUUUUUUUUGUUUUGUUAAAUUCACUACAAAAAUCACAAUUACAAGGAGCAAAAAGAGUGCAACGGAACGAACAAAUAGAUUGUAAGUAUGCAUUACGAGGGUAUCCACUUGCAUUUCAGGUAUUUUAUUAAUAUUUUUUUCUUUUGUUGACUUAAUUUAUUUAUAAGAGAAAAAUAAUUGUAAUUUGUAAUUGCAAUACAGUAUUAGAUUUAUGAGGCAUUUUCAAAAAUUGGAAAAAAAUUUGAACGGCAUCGAUAUAAAACAGCACAGAAUCCACGAAUAUAUAAGUGGAGGCCUAAUAAAAUGCUGACUGAAAAAACGAUUAAGCAUUUUCUGGCUACUCGAGAGAUUCAGGUUAUUUCAACGUUACAUUCUACGGAGGAAGAAUUGGAGACAUCUUGGUAUAUAAAUCUUUCACUGCCAACUGAUAAUGAACAUCGUGUAUUAGAUGGCAUCGUCGGUGGAGAAUUAGACAACGUGACACAACAAAUCCCAAAGGAUACUUUUGAGCAAGAAAGGGAUAAUAUAUAUGUGCCAGAGACGACCAUUCCUAGUACGUCAAGAACUUCACCCGUAGCGGGGCCUAAUUUUGGAUCUAGCACCUCUAAUUAUGUAAUUGAAGACCGGAUGAUAGAACUACUUAGUGUCCAGAAGCAAGACAUAAUAAAAGAGGUAUUUGAUAUAUGUGGCAACUUGAGAACAGAAGUUUAUGACAAUCAAAGAAAGUUGUUCGAACAACACCAAAAAUGGCAGGAGGAUUAUAUGUAAUCUACUAUGCGUUCCUACAUGGAUAACCCAUUAUCAAGUUUUUUUAACACACAUUUGGAGAAAGAGGAACAAUUAUUCCAACAACAGCAAAAAUGGCAAGAAAACCAUUACCAGACCAUGCACUCUUA